UUGCUGUCAGAGCGCAGGAGGCAGAGCGGGCGCGGAGCUGCGGCCGCUGCGGGCACGGCCGGCACAGCGCGGGCGGACAGCGCUCCCUGCCCGGGCCGGGCCGCGCCCGCACCGCCGUCACCCCGCGGGCAGCGCCGACGAGGCGGCGGCGCCGGCGGCGGGAGCGGGAGGAGGAGGAAAACACCAUCCACGCACAGCCAGCGGCGGCAGCAGCGAGGGGCGGCCGGGCGGGGCGGGGAGGGGACACAGCGCCCCCCGCCCGCCGACGCCUCCGCACGGGGCCGGGACCGGGACCCCCCCUGGCCUCGCCCGCCCCGCGUCCCGCACGGACCCGCCGCCCUCCGCGCGACCCCCGAGCGGGGGGGGCCGCACCUGGACGCGGAAGGGCGGCCCCGGGCCCCCCCUUCCUCCUCUUCUCCUCCCGGCCCGGAGGAGCGGGGGACGCGUCCCCCCCGCCUGCACCGGAGAAGGGCCUCCCGGCUCGAGGAUUAUCGGCGCGGGGGCGGGUAGCGAGGAGCAGCGCGCCCGCCCCGGCCUCGGCGCGUCCCCUCCCGGCCGCGGGGCCCCGCGGGGCCGAGGGGCCGGAGCGCGGCGGCCGCCCCGGGCAGUGACGGGGUCGCCCCGGGGGCCGCCCGCCUUGCCCCUCGCCCCCCGGCCGUCCCCCCAGACAUGCCCCGCCGUGGCGGCCCGGCUCGCCGAGGAUCAUGACUGCGGCAGCGAACUGGGUGGCGAACGGGGCCAGCCUGGAGGACUGUCACUCCAACCUCUUCUCGCUGGCCGAACUCACAGGCAUCAAAUGGCGUAGGUACAACUUUGAAGGCCAUGGGGACUGUGGGCCCAUCAUUUCAGCUCCAGCCCAGGAUGAUCCCAUCCUGCUCAGCUUCAUCCGCUGCCUGCAGGCCAACCUGCUGUGCGUGUGGCGCCGGGACGUCAAACCCGACUGCAAGGAGCUCUGGAUAUUCUGGUGGGGGGACGAGCCCAACCUGGUCGAUGUCAUCCACCGCGAGCUGCACAACAGCUGUUGUAGGAUGGCUGAGCCUGGAGGUGAGACACUGCUCACAUUCAAGGGCACAGAUUAUUGUGUGGGAACAGCAGAGACAAAAAUCCUGGUGCUUAGAGUGGUGGAAGAAGGAUUCUGGGAGAAUGGACUUUCCUAUGAGUGUAGGACCCUGCUCUUCAAAGCAAUUCAUAAUCUUCUGGAAAGAUGCCUGAUGGAUAAAAACUUCGUAAGAAUUGGGAAAUGGUUCAUACGGCCCUAUGACAAGGAUGAGAAGCCAGUUAAUAAAAGCGAGCACUUGUCGUGUGCCUUCACGUUCUUCCUGCACGGGGAGAGCAACGUGUGCACGAGCGUGGAGAUCGCGCAGCACCAGCCCAUCUACCUGAUCACCGAGGAGCACAUCCACAUGGCCCAGUCCUCCCCCUCGCCCUUCCAAGUGCUGGUGAGUCCUUAUGGCUUGAACGGGACCCUGACGGGCCAGUCCUACAAGAUGUCAGACCCUGCCACUCGGAAGCUGAUGGAGGAGUGGCAGUACUUCUACCCCAUGGUGCUGAAGAAAAAGGAAGGCAUGAAAGAGGAGGAAGAGCUGGGAUAUGACAACGAUUUCCCUGUGGCAGUUGAAGUCAUUGUUGGGGGUGUGAGGAUGGUGUAUCCUUCAGCCUUUGUUCUCAUCUCCCAGAGUGACAUCCCAGUGUCACAGAGCGCUGCCAGUGCUGCAGGCCAUAUAAAUGUGGGACAGCAGGGGCUUGGAAGCGUGAAGGAUCCUGUCAGUACCUGUGGGAUGCCCCUGACUCCCCCCACCUCUCCAGAGCAGGCUGUUAUGGGAGAAAGUGGCUGCUCUCAGAGUAGCAUCAGCCAUCCAGCUGUGCAGGAGGGGACAGUCACUGUCCACAGUCCAAAGAAAUCCAGCAAGAUUACUCCCAAAUUUCACAACCGCAUUGUUCACCGUGUGUGGAAGGAAUGCAUCCUCAACAGGGCACAGUCCAAGAGGAAUCAAAUUACAGCUGCAAAUUUGGAGGAGGAAGUUCCUAACAAUAGUGUUUCAUGGGAUUUUGUGGAUCCAGUCCAAAGAGUCAGUUGUUCUUGUUCCAGGCACAAGGUGUUCAAGCAGCGCUGCGCCGGCGCCUCGGGCCGGCCGCCCACGCUGCCCCAGCCUGGCUUCGCCGUGGGCACGGCCGCGGCCUCGGCUCUGCCCCCUCCUGCCUCCUCAAAGCACAAAACCACCGAGCGGCAGGACAAGGGAGAGAAACUGCAAAAAAGGCCCCUGAUGCCAUUCCACCAUCGGCCCUCGGUGACUGAAGAGCUAUGCAUGGAGCAGGACGCGGCCGGGCAGAAGCUGGGCCUGGCCGGGAUGGAGUCCGCGCUGGAAGUGCCCAGUUCCAGGAAAUACGAGAAGCCGCUCCCGCUGUCUGCUAGAAAUCCAAGCAAGCAGAUUAAUAUGAAUCCUAUGGAUUCACCCCAUUCCCCCACUUCCCCUCUGCCUCCCACCCUGAGCCCCCAGCCCAGAGGUCAGGAGGCAGAGAACCUGGACCCCCCUUCCGUUCCUGUGAACCCAGCACUCUACGGCAGCGGGCUGGAGCUGCAGCCGCUGCCCAGCUUAGAUGACAGGACAGUCCUGGUGGGACAGAGGUUACCUCUGAUGGCAGAGGUCAGUGAGACAGCCUUGUACUGUGGCAUAACUCAGAGCAACGAGGCCGUGGACAUGUGGAGGACCUAUAGUGUCCCUUCGAGUGACGACCCCGAGUUCCGGCCGCCGGAGCUGCCGUGUGAGAGGUAUGAUGGCAGGAUGGAGAUCAACCCCGACAGCACUGCACUGAAAAGGCUCUUAGCACAACCUAAUAAACGGUUUAAAAUUUUGGAAGAGCAGAAACCAGUGCAGACCCUGAACUAUCUUGACCCCUUGCCUCUACUACAACCCCCUGGAGAAGGCUGGGGAGACACCAGUGAUCCUUACACCUUCGAAGAUGGAGACAUCAAGUACAGUUUCACUGUCAAUAAAAAAUGCAAACUUGGGGCUGAGAAAGAUCCAUUGAAAAAGAACAAGUCAGAAGAUGGGAUUGGUUCCAAGGAAAUCCCACCACCGGGCCAUUCCACACCAGUUCCUGAUGGAAAAGAUGCCAUGUCCAUUUUCAGUUCUGCUCCUAAGACUGACCCGCGGCAGGACGGCGCUGCCGGCAGGGCCGGCUCCGGCAGCCUCACCCAGGUCACCGACCUGGCCCCGUCCCUGCACGACCUCGACAACAUCUUCGACAACUCCGACGAGGAUGAGCUUGGGGCCGUGUCCCCAGCUCUGCGCUCCUCCAAGCUGCCGGCAGCGGGCUCCGAGGAGCGGCCGCUGGGCAAGGACGGCCGGACUGCCGUGCCCUACCCUCCCACUGUGGCAGACCUCCAAAGGAUGUUCCCAACACCACCCUCUUUAGAACAGCACCCUGCCUUCUCCCCAGUGAUGAGUUACAAAGAUGGAAUAAGUUCAGAGACUGUGACUGCCUUGGGAAUGAUGGAGAGUCCUAUGGUCAACAUGGUUCCAACACAGCUGGCUGAGUUUAAAAUGGAGGUGGAGGAUGGAUUAGGUAGCCCUAAACCUGAAGAAAUCAAGGAUUUUUCGUAUGUGCACAAAGUUCCAUCAUUUCAACCUUUCGUGGGCUCUUCCCUGUUUGCCCCACUGAAGAUCCUGCCCAGCCAGUGCCUCCUACCUCUGAAGAUUCCAGAUGCCUGCAUCUUCAGGCCUUCUUGGGCUGUUCCUCCGAAAAUUGAGCAACUUCCAUUGCCACCUGCAGCCACUUUCAUCAGAGAUGGCUACAACAACGUGCCCAGCGUGGGCAGCCUGGCGGACCAGGACUACCUGCAGAUGAGCACGCCCCAGAUGAGCACGCCGGUGACGCUCAACAGCGCGGCCCCCGCCAGCAACAGCGGCGCGGGGGUGCUGCCGUCCCCGGCCACGCCGCGCUUCUCGGUGCCCACGCCGCGCACGCCGCGCACGCCCAGGACUCCCCGGGGCGGGGGCACCGCCAGCGGCCAGGGCUCCGUCAAGUACGACAGCACGGACCAGGGCUCCCCCGCCUCCACGCCCUCCACCACGCGGCCGCUCAACUCGGUGGAGCCGGGCACGGUGCAGCCCAUCCCGGAGGCGCACAGCCUGUACGUGACCCUGAUCCUCUCCGACUCCGUGCUCAACAUCUUCAAGGACAGGAACUUCGACAGCUGCUGCAUCUGCGCCUGCAACAUGAACAUCAAGGGCGCCGACGUGGGGCUGUACAUCCCCGACUCCUCCAACGAGGAUCAGUACCGCUGCACCUGCGGCUUCAGCGCCAUCAUGAACCGCAAGCUCGGCUACAACUCCGGGCUCUUCAUCGAGGAUGAGCUGGAUAUUUUCGGCAAGACCUCGGACAUCGGCCAGGCUGCAGAAAGGCGACUGAUGAUCUGCCAGAGCAACUUGAUCUCGCAGAUGGGAGAGGGAGCCAGGAGGAGCCAGGAGCCUCCCAUGAGCCUCCUGCUGCUGCUGCAGAACCAGCACACGCAGCCCUUCACCUCGCUGAGCUGCCUGGAUUACAUGGCCUCCAACAACCGCCAGACGCUGCCCUGUGUCAACUUGAGCUACGACCGGCUGCAGGCUGACAGCAACGACUCCUGGGUGGAAUGUUUCAAUGCCCUGGAGCAGGGCAGGCAAUAUGUGGACAACCCCACGGGGGGCAAGGUGGACGAAGCCCUUGUCCGAAGUGCCACUGUCCAUUCCUGGCCCCACAGCAACGUGCUGGACAUCAGCAUGCUCUCCUCCCAGGACGUGGUGCGCAUGCUGCUCUCCCUGCAGCCCUUUCUCCAGGAUGCCAUCCAGAAGAAGAGGACGGGAAGGACCUGGGAGAACAUCCAGCACGUGCAGGGACCGCUCACCUGGCAGCAAUUCCAUAAGAUGGCAGGACGGGGGACCUAUGGCUCUGAGGAAUCUCCUGAGCCUCUCCCGAUCCCGACGCUGCUGGUGGGCUAUGACAAGGACUUCCUGACAAUCUCUCCAUUCUCCCUGCCCUUCUGGGAGAGGCUCCUGCUGGACCCCUACGGGGGCCACCGGGAUGUCGCCUACAUCGUGGUGUGUCCGGAAAAUGAGGCCUUGCUCGACGGAGCCAAAACUUUCUUCAGGGACUUGAGUGCUGUAUACGAGAUGUGCAGACUUGGGCAGCACAAGCCCAUCUGCAAAGUGCUGCGGGACGGGAUCAUGCGGGUGGGCAAGAGCGUGGCGCAGAAGCUGACGGACGAGCUGGUGAGCGAGUGGUUCAGCCAGCCCUGGGGCUCCGAGGACUGUGACAAUCAUUCCAGGCUCAAGCUCUACGCGCAGGUCUGCCGCCACCACCUCGCACCUUACUUGGCCACCCUGCAGCUGGACAGCAGCCUUCUGCUGCCCCCCAAGUACCAAGCGCCGGCUCCGAGCCAGCCGCAGGCAGCUCCCGGCAGCUCGGGACCCGCUCCCUCCAGCUCCUCCUCGUGUCUCUCGGCCGCGGGGGCCCCUGCCACGGGCAGCUCCUUCAGCUCCACGCCCAGCGCGGGCACCACCAGCCUUCCGGCCGGCAGCGCGUCCUCCUCGGGCUCCUCGGUGCCGCAGCUGUCAGCGUCCUCUGCCACGCCCGGCGCCAGCCAGAUGGGCGCGUCCUCCACGCCGGGCUUCAGCGGCAACGCGGGCUCGGGGCAGAGCAGCGGCGGCGCGGCCGAGCGCUCGCAGGGCAGCGCGGGCCCCGGCGCGGACAGCGAGCCGGGCCCCGCCCUGCCGCAGCAGCAGCAGGAGGGACAGGAAGGCGCGGCGGAGCGGGAGCGCAUCGGGAUCCCCACGGAGCCGGACGCUGCGGACAGCAACGCCUACCCCCCCGCCGUGGUCAUCUACAUGGUGGACCCCUUCACCUACACUGCCGACGAGGAGUCUGCCUCCACCAACUUCUGGCUCCUGAGCCUCAUGAGAUGCUACACAGAAAUGUUGGACAACUUGCCUGAGAAUAUGAGGAAUUCUUUCAUUCUCCAGAUUGUGCCUUGCCAGUACAUGCUGCAGACAAUGAAGGAUGAACAGGUUUUCUACAUUCAGCACUUGAAGUCUCUGGCCUUCUCUGUGUACUGCCAGUGCAGGAGGCCCCUGCCCACACAGAUCCACAUCAAGUCCCUCACAGGCUUUGGGCCAGCUGCCAGCAUUGAGAUGACCCUCAAAAAUCCUGAGAGGCCCAGCCCAAUCCAGCUGUACUCACCUCCUUUCAUCCUGGCCCCCAUCAAAGACAAGCAGACAGAGCUGGGAGAGACAUUUGGAGAGGCCAGUCAGAAAUACAACGUGCUCUUUGUCGGGUACUGCCUGUCCCACGACCAGCGCUGGCUCCUGGCGUCCUGCACCGACCUGCACGGGGAGCUGCUGGAGACCUGCAUUGUCAACAUCGACCUGCCCAGCAGGUCAAGGAGGAGCAAGUUGUCUGCGCGGAAGAUCGGGCUGCAGAAGCUGUGGGAGUGGUGCAUUGGCAUUGUGCAGAUGACAUCCCUGCCCUGGAGAGUCGUCAUCGGCCGCCUGGGCCGCCUGGGCCACGGGGAGCUGAAAGACUGGAGUAUCCUGCUCGGGGAGUGCUCCCUGCAGACAAUCAGCAAGCAGCUGAAGGAGGUUUGCCGCAUGUGCGGCAUCUCUGCAGCAGAUUCCCCCUCCAUCCUCAGUGCCUGCCUCGUUGCCAUGGAGCCACAGGGAUCAUUUGUGGUGAUGCCAGACGCGGUGACGAUGGGCUCGGUGUUCGGGCGCAGCACGGCGCUGAACCUGCAGUCAUCCCAGCUCAACACCCCCCAGGACGCCUCCUGCACACACAUCCUGGUGUUCCCCACCUCUGCCACCAUCCAGGUGGCACCUGCAAAUUACCCCAACGAGGAUGGCUUCAGCCCCACCAACGAUGACAUGUUUGACCUUCCAUUCCCAGAUGACAUGGACAAUGACAUUAGAAUUUUGAUAACAGGGAAUCUUCACUCUUCACCAAAUUCUUCCCCAGUUCCUUCCCCUGGAUCACCAUCUGGCACUGGAGUGGGAUCUCACUACCAUCACAGUAGGAGCCAAGGUGAACGUCUCCUCUCCAGAGAAGCCCCCGAGGAGCUGAAGCAGCAGCCUCUGGCUCUGGGGUACUUCGUGUCGACUGCCAAAGCGGAGAACCUCCCGCAGUGGUUCUGGUCCUCCUGUCCUCAGGCACAGAACCAGUGUCCCCUCUUCCUCAAGGCCUCUCUCCAUCACCACAUCUCUGUAGCGCAGACAGACGAGCUUCUACCUGCCAGAAAUUCUCAGCGAGUUCCUCACCCCCUUGACUCUAAAACUACAUCAGAUGUCUUGAGGUUCGUGCUGGAGCAGUACAACGCCCUGUCCUGGCUCACGUGUAACCCGGCCACGCAGGACCGCAGCUCCUGCCUGCCCGUGCACUUCGUGGUGCUCACCCAGCUCUACAACGCCAUCAUGAACAUCCUGUAGGACACACAAGCACUUGUUCUUCUGGCUGCUUCUCCCCUCCGCCCGGGAACGUGCCACGACCUGCAAAGAGCUCCGUUUGCUUCUCUUCAGACCAGUCCUGUGCUGUGCUUCUGUUCCUCCAAAAGCACAUGUGAAUUCUGCAGUGUUCAAAACUAAACUACCCAUUAACAUCUCUGGCAGCUUCAGUCCAAAAUCUGGGAACAUCCAAGAACAGUGAACACAGAGUAACCUCAAGCCAGUGUUAGUUUGGUGGCUCAGUAACUACUGGUCAGCGUGAUUAUUUUUUUUAAUAUUUUAUUUUUUUAAGAAGACUACAGGAUCUUUUUGCAUUAGGAACUGAUAAAGACCCACGAGCAGUGUCAGCCCUCCAAGUAAAAACCACCUUGUAGUGACCAGUUCAAGUGUUUCGUUGUUUGAUCGUCGUAAACUGGGACUUUGCAGGAAGAAAAAACCACAAACACAAAACCACACAGUUGUAGUCUCGUAUAAAUAUUGGAGUUUUCUGUCUACCUGGAGUUCCUGUCAGAGUGGAUUGGGAUGAAUGCAUGCAUUUGUUACCUGUCCAUGUAGAUAUGAAUGGUCUGGAGAUACUUUAUUUAUUUUUAGGUUUGGGGAGGGGAGGGAUUAAAUUAUAAAGGACCAGGAACAGUAGAAAUACCUUAAAAAUCCAGCUCCGUUCCACUGUAGGGUUAUUUAUCUGCAGACCUCUCACUCUUCUGGCCUGGAAAUCAAAAGAAGCUCAUAACAAUCAAAGUCUGGGAAGGAAAGCAUGUUCUGGUAAGGAGAUAUUCUAUUUUAAGGAAUUCUCCCCUGUGUUUAGCCUGGUUAAAGCAAGGAAUGGCCAGUGUUUAAUGAAGGAUAACACUACCUAAGGGAGAAGAGUGAGAGGGAGGUAGGGAGGAAAAAAUACUUUAAAGCCCAGUUCAGGGCAAGUGGAAAGUGGCAAAUUAUUCUAUUGUAGAGCUAUGAUUGAAAUAUAUUUCCAGUAAAUUUAGUGAUGCUAGAAAAGUAUUUACUGAAAGCCAAGUUGCCCUUGAAUUCUGGGCAGACUCGUCCAUGUACAUAUCCAAAAAUACGGUUUUUGUUUACACUAAAUCAGUCACAAAUCUGGUGUAUUUUUUCUGACUAUAGGAAUAUUAUUUCAAAGAAAUAAUUUUUAAAAAUUAUAUCAUUAAAUUAGUACUUGAAGUUACACCACUGUGGUGGCAAAGUUACUUUGUUUAGUGAAAUGAUUGCCAUUGGGAAGGUUAAUGGCUAAUUGAAGUAUUUUUAUGACUCCUUCAUUCCAGGCUCCCAGGGGUUCCUAUUCCAGCCCCAUUCCCUCAUUUCUGGGGGUGCACUGGGCAGCAGGAGGGGGCCAGGGUCAGGCACUUGCAUCAGGCUGGGUGACCCCUCCCCUGGCUGUGAAGAAAAACUACCAAGUUUAGAGUUCUUCCAAAAGACUUUCAUGUUCUGGUUAAAAAAAAUUAAAUUCUAUGAUUUUAAAAAGUAUUUUUCUUGAGAUAAUGUAACAUUUAAAACAAAUUAUAUAAAAUAAUAAAAGAAAAAAAAAAGAAUUGCUUGUGUAAUGAGAAGGUGAAGGCAGGAGAGGAAACCUGUAAAUGGAUUAUUUCCUUCCCUGCUCCACCCCUCUGUGUGGGUGUCCUCUUUGCAAUGUAUAGGUUAAAAAAAUCUGAUAUCAAACCAUUUGUAUCUAAUGUGUACAGUGUAAAAUUGACUUUAAAAAUAUUGCAGUACUAUUUUUUCUUAAUCAGAAAAGAAAAUUCUCAAGGCCUUUUGAAGAGCAUAAAAAGAUGAAGAUUGUAAACUUGUAUAAAAAAAUUUAACUUGGGGAGGAAAAAAUGUAAAGUAGACAUUUGUAAUCUUUUACCAUUUGGGGGUUAUUUGUUCCCAGGAUUCAUCUGAACUUUGGAUUAUUAUUUUGCUUAUUGUUUUUAAAUGGGCCGUUUUUAUCCAGGGGUGUUUCUUCCCCACAAACCUGGUUCUAAGCAAAAAUUAGAAAUUAAAAAAAGGGCAGCAAGGAGUAGUUUUCAUCUGGUGUCUUUUAUUUAAUUUUUUUAAGUUAAGAGAAGCUGGUGACAUAUUUAUACGUUUUUGUGCAAAAUAAAUGAAUGGCAAUAGAUUUUAAAGAAAAAUCUUAUGUACUUCAGUGUGAGAAGUUCUGUAUAAUAUUUCUCUUAAAUAUGCAUUAUUUUACUUGUGAGUUUUUUACUGAAUUAAUCUGAAAUGUACAAGCCCUGGCUUUCCUACAGAGUGAAGAAAGUUAUUAUUAUUUUUUUUUUAUUUCUAACUUUGGAAAAUCAUGCCUAAAUCAGAAUUAUUAUUACAGUUGUUUGAGCUAAAGGGAGCGGGAGGGUGGGGAAUGUCCAGCAUGCUUGUAUGUAUAUUUCAGAACCUUUUUUAAAUGUAAAAGCUGUACAUUUCUGGGGAGUUCUGAAUUUCUUUUUGUUUUCUUUUUUUUUUCCUCUGAGCAUUUUGCAGUGAGCUUCUUUUAUAUAUAGCCGACAAUUUGAAAGAAAACAAAAAAAAAUGUGAAGUUCAUUUUAAAUCUACAGUAUAUCGCUGGUACAAUACACUAAAAAAGACUUUGAUAAAAAGAAACAAUAAUAAUAAAAGACCUCCAUUUUAAAUGUCAUUCAUAUAUACCUUGUGGAUGAGAGCUAUAUACUUUUACACACUUUUUUAGAUGAAUAAAUUAUUGAAUUACUGAAA